GAAGAAGAAAGGGAUGAUUGGUCCUUCUAGUCAAUACCCUGCGCCUUCACAGAACCUUCGUAAAAAAGCAGAAGCCGCGUUUUACUCUCUCUCUCUCUCACUUUAAAACUCCAAAUUUUCAAUACGAUCUGAAUUCCAUUCGAACACAUUUUCUGAUGUGCUGAUCUGAUCCCUUUUUCUCUUCUCGGAUUAAAUUCAAUCUUUUUUUGUUAUUUUCCCAAUCAAACGCACUGAUCGAUUCAGAUCAUUUCAAUUAAUUCUGAGCUCUCACCGAACCGAGGCUUCUACUGGAAUAGACUCACUCCUCGAAUCCGUGAAGCUACUGUCAAAAAGAUCUUAAUGGCUGACCUGACUGAUGAAGGAGGCUCCUCUUCUUCUUCCACUCACCGAUGGAGCUAUGACGUCUUUUUGAGCUUUAGAGGUGAAGAUAUCCGCAACGGUGUUAUAAGCCAUUUAUAUAAGGCUUUGUGUGAUAAUGGCAUUUACACCUUCAUCGACGAUGAUCUUCAGAGGGGAGAAGAAAUUUCAGAGGAACUUCUCAAAACCAUUGAAAGGUCAAUGAUUUCGGUCGUUGUGAUCUCUGAAAACUAUGCAGAGUCCCACUGGUGCUUGGAUGAACUUGUCAAGAUUAUGCAGUGUAGGACAAAUGGCCAGUUGGUUCUACCGGUUUUUUAUGAAGUUGAUCCAUCAGAAGUACGUAAACAAACGGGAAAUUUUGGGGUGGCGUUGACUAAACUUGAAGAAAAAUUCAAGAAUAAGGUGGAAAGUUGGAGGACAGCACUUAGAGAAGCUGCUAAUUUGUCUGGAUGGCAUUACAAGAAUGAUGGUCCUGAAUCUCACUUCAUCCAACAAGUUAUUAACUGGAUAUCAUAUAUCAAAUUAAAUGACACACGGUUAUAUGUUGCUAAAUGCCCUGUUGGAGUAAAUUCUCAUGCCAAGGAGAUGGAGUCACUUUUAGAUAUUAAGUCAAAUGAUGUUCGAAUUGUAGCGAUUCAUGGUCUUGGGGGAAUAGGAAAGACUACAAUUGCAAAAGCUGUUUAUAACAGAAUUGUUGACUGUUUUGAAGGAAGCUACUUUCUAGAGAAUGUUAGAGAAAAUUCAAGGACAAGCGAUGGCAAAAUCCAGCUACAAGAGAAAAUUCUUUCUAAGAUCUUACCGGCCAAUCAUGUGAAGGUGGAUAAUGUAUCCAAGGGAAUUAAUGUGAUAAGGGAAAGGCUUUGCAAUAAGAGAGUUCUUUUAAUUCUUGAUGACGUGGAUAAUUCAAAACAAAUAGAAGAUUUGCUUGGAGAUUGUGAUUGGUUUUGUCCAAGAAGUAGAGUCAUUAUAACAACAAGAGAUGAAUGUGUGCUAGCUACUCUUCCACAAGGUUGCAGAACUUACAAGGUUAAGGAAUUAGGUGCACAUGAAACUCUUGAACUCUUUAGUCAACAUGCCUUCCAUAAAAGCAAACCCCCUCAAGAUUAUUCUGAACUUGCAUACCGAGUAAUGGACUACACCAAAGGCCUUCCACUAGCUUUGACAAUCAUAGGUUCUGAUUUGUAUGGAAGAACAAAAGAUGCAUGGAAUGCUGCAAUAAAUAAAUAUGAAAAAAUUCCCAAAGCAGAUAUUCUUGAAAUACUUAAAGUAAGUUAUGAUGGAUUGGAAGAAACCGAAAAAGAUAUUUUCCUUGAUAUUUCAUGUUUCUUUCGGGGAUGGUUCAAGGAUUAUGUUGUAAAUAUCUUAGACGCUUGCAAAUUAUUUCCAGAUCAUUGUAUUCCAAGACUUGUUGAUAAAUGUCUCAUAAAUGAGGAGCAAAAUGGCACAUUGUCCAUGCAUGACUUGUUACAACAAAUGGGCAGGGAAAUUGUUCGACGAGAUUCUCCAAUAAUCCUUAGAAAACGCAGUAGGUUAUGGGAUUAUGAUGAUGCUCUUGAAGUACUAGUUGGAAGUAAGGGAUCAGAAAAAAUUCGAGGUAUAAUGUUGCAUUCACCUUAUCCAAGAAAAGUUCAACUACAUGCUGAAGCUUUUGACAGGAUGGACAAUCUCAAAUUCCUUAUAGUUCGCAAUGUACAAGUUUCUGAAGAACUUAAAUAUCUCCCCAGUGGGUUAAGGUUGUUUGAAUGGCCUGAAUAUCCUUUUUCUUUCCCAUCCAAAUAUUCUCCUCAACAGCUUGUUGCACUCGAGAUGUCACGUAGUGACUUUAAAUUGGAGAAGCUAUUCAAGCAGGGGGUCGAAUACAAAAAUUUGAAACUUAUCAAUCUAAGUUUCUGUGAAUCCAUUACAACUUUAUCUAAUUUGUGCACCCCAAACUUGGAAACAUUGAACCUUUCUUCUUGUAGAAAUUUAAUCAAGGUUUCUGAUUCCAUUGGAUCUCUUCCUAAGCUAAAAACAUGGAACCUUGAAUAUUGCAGAGAACUUCGAAAACUUCCAAGUAGUCUCAGAUUGAAAUCUCUCAAAUUUUUUACUCUAUUUAGCUGCUCAAGGCUUGAGAAGUUCCCCGAUAUUCACCCAGAAAUGAAAUGUUUAGAGGAUUUAAAUUUGAGUUAUAGUGGCAUUAGAGAGUUACCUUCAUCAUUGGGGUAUCUCAGUAGGCUUAGAACGCUAGAGCUAGAUAAUUGUGUACAGGAUUUUCCAGAUAGAAUCAAUAAAAUGCAACUGACUCCUAUUGCAUGCACUUCCUUUGAUAUCCUUUUGGAAUAUGGGCUUUUGAGCUUGGAAAGUCUAUGUCUCAGCUACUGUGGUGCAAAUCUAAUUGAAUUAUAUUUCUGGAUGAAGCCUGAAUACUUCCCUGAAUUGAAAAUUCUAUAUCUAAGUGGCUCCAAUAUAGUUACCAUCCCUGAAAGCAUUGCUAGCUUUACUAGUUUAGCAGAUCUUUACAUAGACAAUUGCACGAAGCUUCGGAAAAUUCCAAGCCUUCCCCAAUCUAUACGGAGAGUGAGUGCAAUAAACUGCUUUUCAUUGGAUCCACAAUCAUUUAGAAGAUUAUGGACUCAGUUUGGAGAAAUUUUAGGGAUUUUACCAAAUAGAGUCUAUGAAGGUGAAAGAAGAGGCAUAUUAAUGGAUUCCUCUCUCUUUAAUGGGGGCAAUUAUUAUGAAAUUAAAGUACCAGGAAUUGAGAUUCCAAAGUGGUUCAAAUUCGACCAUCAGAGUGAUGGAAAUUCUGUAUCAUUUAGGAUUGGUUGCGAAUUUCCAAAAGCUGUUGUCUGUAUUGCUUUUCAAUUGGUGGAGGCACAUAUAAGCGGAUCUUUUUCUGUUUACGUUUCCGUCAAUGGUUGUAAAGAAAAAAUCUCAUUUCAAGAUAUUGAAGAAAUGUCUGGGCAUUUGUGGUUAUUUUCUGUAUCUAAUUGGAAAUUGCUUGAUUCAAAUUCAUAUGAAGAGAAUGACAUUGAGGUUAUAUGUGAAAUUGAUGAGUUGAAUGAAAGCUCUAUUCCUUUUGAGAACACUAAAUUCAUAAAAUGGAUGGGGGUCCAUGUAGAAUGCAUAUGUUGUGGGGUUUACAACAAUAGAGUAGAUUCCAAAGGUGUUGAAAUCCAACUCCAACAACGAAGAAGAAACCAUGGACCUACCCAUGCCAUACAUACCCAAAACCCUACCUCUCCCUCUUUGAAUGGCUUCGAAUCCAAUUCCAACUCUGGAAACGGAGCUUCAAACUCCGGAGAUGGCUCAUGUCCAACCCUUUUGAUUUCUACUCAUGACAAUGAUGAUUUUGAUACCAAUCUAUGUCCACCAUCAAAGAAGAUAAGAACAUCUUGAUUGAACUUCAAAAGAAUACACUUCCAUCUGAAAAACAACCUUGAUGCCAUGAUGGCGCCUUGUUGCUAUUGAAGUAAUUGGUACCAAGAGAAAAGGUGCAAUUAAAGGAACCAAUUUAAGCUGUUCAAAAAGUUUCUUUGUUGGUUGAUUUGUAGAUGGAUAAUGGUGUAGAUCUUUAGUAUCAUGUCAAUUCUAAUACAAAAUUUUUCACUUCAGAUUUCUUUGGUAAUCCUAUCCUUGACCUUCAUUUGGCAUCGUGAUGAUAGAGUAAUGUUUUACCAUGCCAUGUACAUGGUGGUGUUGGUUGAUCUUUUUAAGAGAAUUAUGAUGUAUUUAAUUUUGGUGUAUCAUGUUUUUCUUUUCCCUUGUUUAUAUGCACGGGAAGAUUAUAAAGUACUUUAGUUG